AUGGAGGGUCUGCCGGGCCAUGCCGGCAUGCCUGUGCAGCCGCACAAGCUCCCGCCCGACCAAAAGGACGCAGAGGAUGAGAACCAGGAAAUUCCGAUGCUGCCAAAAGGCUUCGUGACUCCAGCCACAACACAGAUUGCUGGCGGAGAGCUCUCCAAGGCACCAUUCUGCGGGCGACGUUUGCGGUGGGCAGUCAGCAUGACACUGCUUGGCUUCUUGCUGUUCUGUAUCUGCUGGGUCGCACCCUUGGCUCCUGUAACCUGGCUUGCGCUGAUGAGAUUGUUUCAACAGCCAGGGUGUCCUCGCAACAUGCGCCAUGCACUCUGCAACUGGGGCCGGUUCUAUAGGGGCACAUCGGGCCACGAUGGGUCCCUGGCACCUUCGGCGAACAAUCGGCUGUGGGUGGAUCCUAACACCACCGUCGCCCACCAAUCGAUGGCAGAUCUGGUGGACAUGUUGCAGCAGGGCCAGCCAGAGGAUGUGCAUGAGAAUUUAUGCCAUGUCAUUGAAGAGUGGUUGCCCCGAGUGGGUAUGAACGGAUUGAUUGACUUGCUCUCCGGCAUGGAACAUGCCAGGGAGCAUGAGUCUGCAGAGGUCUGGGGAAUAGAUUUGGACGACUUUACGCCAGACUUGCUGGACAUUUCAGGGAACUGGAAACACGAUCUUGGUGCUUACGUCAUCUCUCGCCUUGACCCCCAUACUGUGGUGAACAGCAGAAGAUACCUUGGGCAUGCCGUGGAAGUCGCGGGCUCCUUGAAGCUUGGUGGUGCUCCUCUGCACGCCGUCACUUGGUCGGCCAUGCUGGCUUUCCUCGAGGCCUCCGGGUGGUCCAACGCCUCCGGCCUCUGGGAUUUUGCCAUGGGCCGCAUCUGCCUCGCCUUUCAGGAUCUACCCGGCCUUUUCGUGCAUUGCGUUCAUGGCUUUGGACAUGGAGCCAUGCUGGCCGGUAUUGCACUUGGUCUGGACGAAGGCCAGCGAUCAGCCUACACAGCACGGCCCGCAUGUGAGCGAGUUCGAAAUGGAACUUCUGGCUUCGAGCUUUCACCGCAGAUGCUCGACAAUGCUCUGAGAAUCUGCCAUUCGAGUCCUUCACGACAACUGGGCUAUGUUUGCGCGGGAGGUGCUUUCAUGGAGUUCUGGAAGACCUUUGGAUCCGAUUGGGAUCCGCAGUAUGAUGGCCACGCCUUGCCUUCAGAACCCAUCGCGGAAGUUGAAGUGGUGGAGGACUGGCGGACAUCAGCACGACCCAUCGAGGCCACUGCGGACCGAAGUCCUGCAGACGUGAAGAGCUGGAUGAUCGAGCACAGCUGUGCCUUCGCAAACUUUUCGGCAGCCUGCUUUCGUUUUGAGCCAGGCCUGGGCGUUUCGCAUCAGGCCGACAAGCUCCAAGCACUGGCCGACGUGCCCAUUUUCGAGCCCUGCACGCAGAGCCUCUGGAGCUCUGGUGUCACCUGGGACCUUCAACACCUGCGCGGCUGCAUUUUGGGGCGCUCCUUUGCACUGUACCCUGACUAUGAUUUGUGGCGCUACGGUCGACUGGCCCGACGGCUUGGGCGCGUUCAGUUUGAAGAGAGACUGCCAACCUUGGCGGAGUGGUGUGCCAUGUACGAGCCCUUGACCGGAACUACAGGCCGGAACCAAAGCUACGGCACCAACACCGCUUGGUCUUCUGCCGAUUUCUUAAAGUUUCCGUUGCUGUCGGGCGUGCGGUCGUACAGCAACUGGCUGGCGUGCAUUGCCGGCGGCAUGGCCCAUGUGGCUUUCAUUGUGGAAGGCGAAGCUGUCAAGGAUGCUGCUGUUCACGAUCAUUGCAAGCAAAUUGACGACUCGCGAGGGCAGCAGCUGUGCAUUGAGACCGGCCUCAGCCGGCAUCUGCGCAACCUGUCCGAUCUGCACAUUUGGCCGCUUGAGCUGCUGGAGGAAGAAGAGAUUCAUCCUUUUUGA